CAUACGCAUUUUUUUCCAUUGUGACGAAUCAAACUAAUUAUGAAUCAUGAGAUCGUUUUUUUAAGUAGUUUCGCUUCUCCUUUACAAAGAACUCAAAACGACUUUUUUUCUAAUCCAGAGACCUCAACAUGCAACAGGCCUAUAUUUUGGCGUAUCUCAACCGGAAACCAGACCCUCUUUCACUUUCGCUUUAAGGGUAAAAAAAAAAAAAAAAUCCCCUUCGAUGUUCAUGAAAGAAGGGGGUUCCGUUUGAAGGGUUCCAGUUCUCCUCAAACGUAAUUUCCACGUUUGUAAAUCACGUAGUAUUUCUCUACGUGUCGGGAGAGCGAGACUGGGUAAUACUUUCCCACGUUAAGGAGUGCGUCACCGUUCCGCCGCCGGGGCAUAAAGCUACUUCUGUCAACACACAAUCGAACAAAAAUGUCUCCUUCGCGCGAACGUCACCUCCUGGCGAUCAGCGCCGUGGCGGAGGACCUGAGCGGCGCAGAGCGCAGGAAGGUAAUCUACCUGUGCGGGAGCCUGGUCACGGACGGCAGCGUGGACCGCGUCCGCGACACGCUCAGGUCCAAAGCGGACGAAGACGGAGACCCGUCCUUGUUCGUGAUUUCCGUCCUCGCGCAGCUGGGACGGUACGAUCUACUGAAGAGGGAGUUUAAAGUCGGCAGGAACGAGAUAAAGCCGCACAUUCACACAUAUGGACAAGUUCUCCCAAGAUUCAGAGUGCUGAUGGUGACCAUCAGUGAUGACCUCUCAAUGGCGGACGUGGAGCAAAUAAAGUUCAUUUUAAGCAAGACUCUAUCCCGUGACAAAAUGGGGAAUUUCAAGACUUUCCUGGACGUGGUGAUUGAACUGGAGAAGUUGGAUUUAGUGUCACCAGAACGAGUAGAGAUGGUAGAGGACUGUUUAAGCAACAUUGGCCGGCGUGAUCUGCUCAAAAAAGUGACUGCUUACAAGAUGUCAGCUCAGAACUCCGGCCAGCGUUUGCCUCAGCAGCAAAGUUCUCAAGCUUGGGGAUUUAGUCAAAUGCCUCCCUGGCACACUGCUGCGACUUCUGAACGCCGUUCCCCUCAACGACAAAGUUGUCAAGCUUCUGAUCAGCUAGAGCAAUACAACUUCAAAGCCAAGCCAAGAGGAGUUUGUGUUAUUAUUGACUGUGUGGGCAAAGAUGGAGGAAUGUUAGAAGAGGUGUUUGAGGCGCUCCAAUUCAGAGUUCUCCGCCAUUCCAUGCUGGGUGCCGACGAGAUUUUAACAACUCUCCGAGAUAUUUCUAAAGAAAGAGAGAGCCACAAAGGGGACGCUUUUGUCUGCUGCAUCAUCAGCCGUGGCACGGCUAAUUUUCUCCUGGGUACAGACUCGGGAGGCGGAGGUCUUUAUUUGGACAAAGUCAAAGCACCCUUUUUAGCUGACGCUUGCCCCGUGCUGGCCGGCAAGCCAAAACUCUUCUUCAUCCAGGGCUACAGCGUUCCGACGGAACGGGAGAACCUGGGCGAGCUAGAGACAGACGGCGGCCAACAGAGGAAUAACGCCAUCACCAAAGACGCGGACGUAUUCUGGAGUCAAAGCUGGACGGAUGGGAGGCAGUUGCAACAGGAGCAACAUCACUCCGUUUACCUGAAAGCACUGACUGAUGCCCUACGCAAAACCAAGAGGAAAAUGCAUCUGCUUGAUGUUCAAACGGUGGUGAAUAACGCCAUCCAUGACCAUAACGAAAAAAAUCCUGAAGCACAUUAUCAUUGUGAUGUAAGUCAUACUCUGAGAAAACAUCUUUAUCUACAAUAGAUACGUCAUUGCUUUCACAAAGGUCCUAAUACUGUAGCACUAUACUCACAAUAUACCUUAUGAAGAACAUGUUUACUGUGUGUACACUGACCCCUAGUGGUUAGAAGGAAAUAAGGCACACUACAGGGAUUAAUUCUACUGAGUUAGAAUGCGAUGCUUUGUUUGUUUGAGUAAUUUAAUUCAAAAAGUGAAACGCACAUACAGAUUCAUUACACGCAUGUUGAUAUUUUUCCAGUGUUUAUUUCUGUAAAUUUUGAUAGCUGUUGAAUACAGUUAAUGAAAACCCAAAAUUUUGUUCCUAAUUAAAUUACAGCGCCAGUGAAAAAAAAAUAAAUGUUUUUAAUACAGAGAUAUCCACAUGCUGAAAAGUAUGUUAUUGUAAUGUACAGUAUAUGCUGUCAGUACCUGGUUUGGGCUUUUCGUUUAUGAAUGAAAGCUUCUGUGCAGCUUGACAUGGUGGUAAUGAGUUUGUAGUUCUGCUCACGUUGCUUUUAUAGCAUUCUUCAGCUCGUCUGUAUUGUUGUUUUUCUCAUCCUUCUCUUGACAAUAUUCUGUGGGCUAUUUUGUUGGCUAUUCAAACUUAACAGCCGUGGUCAUUAAACCAGUUAUUGGUACUUUUAAGGGUGUAGGCAUGUGCCAAAUCCUGCUGGAAAAGGAAAUCGGCAUCUCCAUAUGGCUCUUGUAGCACUGAAUACAGCUGCCAUCGUUGCCUUGUGAUUCUCCCCCAAGCUCUUUAAAUAUUUCUCUUAAAAAUUUACACUAAACAAACUAUGAACAGUUGGGGUCUUUAGCAAUGACCAUUGUUGCUCUGUAGAGGUUGUUAACUGAACAACUGUUAAGUCAGCAGUCGUUAUCAGGACUGUGUAGACGUACUAUAACUUUUCUGUAUUAAAUCCGCCUGUUUUGAUCUGAUAUAAUAUUCUUAUUUUCUAGAAACAGAAUUUUGGGUUUUCAUUAGAUUUAAACUAUAUCUAUUAAAAUUAGCAUCCGCAUAAUUUCACUUUUUCAAUUGAAUUACUGAAAUGAUUUAUUUUUUUUAUAUAGUCUUCUUCACUGAGUAUAACACGCCAUGUUGUUAUUUAAGUAUUUAUUUAUUAUUUAAACUUUUUUUUAACUCUGCACAUAUGUUAUGUAUAUUGUCUAACAGUCUGAAAACGACUCUUAUUUGUGAUUGAUCAGCAUUAGAAAUUCUGAACAUUUAUAACGGUUCUCUUUUGUAAUAUUUCACUUACAUAUCACUACUUUUAAUUAUAAAUAACUUUUAGAUAUGCAAAUAAUAAUUGAACUCAUGACCUUAUAAUUUGGUGUGGGUCACAUCACAUGAUGCUCCCUGUGACCGUCUUAUUAAUUGGUAAUUAUACAUAUCUUCAAUAAACAAAAGUACUAUAGGUACUUUCUGAUAACAUAUUUUUGUUUAAUUAACAAAAAAUCCAAAAAAAUCUAUGAAAAUUUUAUUUUGCAGUAACGCUCUCAGUUGGCAGCUCAUGACUUCAGGAAAAAACAUUGGGGUCCAAAUUAAAGAUAUGAGCAAAAAAAUAAAACAAUCUGUUUCUACACUAAGCUACUAUCGCAUCACUCUGUGUUUUCCUAUUAAAUGUGAAUUUGUGUCUCUGUCAUGAUAUGCAGCUAUGACAACGAAUGGGUUUUAACAGGAAAAGUUUGGUACUUUUCCUUAGAUCUCCAGUCAUUUCUUUUUUAUGUAACCAUGUUGUUGUUUGGCAUGUGAUGUAUCUCGUGUAUAAAGCCUUUUCUGUUCUAAAUAGCCAAUGUCUGGCUGUCUAUAUAUAAAAUUAAGUGUAUUUAUAUAAAUUAAUAACUUUUGUAUGGCA